ACGUUGUAGCUACGACGGUCGGCGCCGGUCGGUCAUGACCGGCCCCAGCUUUAGCCGACCGGGAUCGAAUGAAAAUUAACAAAAUCCGACCGGCAUAAAUGUAUGUAAAAUUAUUAAAAGUUUCAUUGAAAUAAGUGAAAAAAUAAAGAAAAAACUCAUUGUAAAUUCUUAAUCAACGUGUGUAUUUUAUUUCUGUUAAAACAAUCAGCGCCAAUCUUACAAAUGUUUGUAAGUAAAAGGCAUCGUAAGCUUAACUACUAGUUACUAGUGGACGUACAAUACCUGAGUUUAGCGCCCGUAUGUCAUUCCUUUCAUGCACUAAUCAUACGACAACAUGCUAGACUCUUUCUCAGGAAAGCACGGUGUGUGCGUGUUACAGAUGGCAUUUGCACCAAUUCGCUCGUCCCCGCGGAACGAGUGAGUUUGCACGACCGCCAUUAAAUGUGGGUACGAGACUUACUCGAUCCAUGGUCAACAUUAUAAUAAUUUAUGCACAUACGUGACGUAGUGGGGAUAGCCCAGUGAAUCUCGAUCGUGAUUGGUUAGUUGGUUGUUAUGGCUUAGAUCUGACAGGACAUGGCUUUACAACACAGUCAACGGUGACACGUGCAGCAACUGGUGAAAACUUAUCUUAUGCACUGUCUGUACAUACAGUUUUGAAGGUUUUCGUGGAGAUUAUUUUGUUAUUUGAAGUUUUUCUGCAUUAUGUCGCAAUCAAACCUUACAAGUUUUUUCAGACCAAAGAGAAAGGACACUGAUGAAGGUGAGAUGAGUGAUAAUGUGGCCCCGACUGUUGCCGCGAAAAAUCAUGACACCGACGGUGAGUCGGAGCAGGCUUCUUGUAGUAGUAAUAUGAUCAACCCUAUCGGAAAAAAGCAAAAACUUGCACAAACAUUCUCAACCAAGUGGAGAAUUAAUCGCCCAUGGUUGAAAUACGUUCCAAACGAGGGCAUGUAUUGCACGUAUUGCCAGAAGCAACCACAUAGUCGCAGUACAGCAUGGAGAAAAACCCCCAGUGUACGAAUUAGACUACAAAAUGUAAAGGAACAUGAAGAAACGGCAGAACACCGGGAUUCAGUCAAGGCUGAAAUGGCCGCUACCCAAUCCCAAAAUGUAGCUAAACUCUUAACCAACCCUGAAAACAUUUCUGAGGAUGGUAUGGUUCAGGCAUUUAAAUGCCUGUAUUUUCUAUGCAAGAACAACAUUGCUCACACAACGAACUUUCCAAAAUUGCUUGAGUUGGAGAAACUUUUAGGAAUCGACAUUAAGCAAAAAAUAAGCAAAGGAAACAAUGCGAAAUAUACCUCCAACACUGCCAUCAGAGAUAUGUUGCAAAGCGUCAGUGAUGUUAUCGAAACAGAAAUUUUAGAUGACAUUAAAAAUAGUGAUGCCUAUGCCCUUAUGUUUGAUGAAACUACCGACGUGUCUGUUGUAGAACAAAUGGUGAUCCAUGGUAGAUAUAUCAAUUCUACCGGCGAUGUCAGCGUGAAAUAUCUGAAAGUUUUGGAUGCAUUGGAAUUGCAGUCUACUGAUAUGAAUGAACUUGAUGACUGUUUCAUAAGUUUAAAUGCUGACGCAGUUAGCCAGAAGAUAACAGACUACAUCGAAAGUAAUGGCCUGCCAUAUGAAAAGCUUAGGGGAAUCGGUACAGAUGGUGCUGCAGUUAUGACGGGCAGAUUGAAUGGCGCAGUAAAACAAAUUAUUGACAGACAGUGUGAGAAACAAAAGGAUACAAAUGACCCACAUAAGCUUGUAGCUUUGGCUAUUGGUCAGCAUUGUGCGGCGCACAAACUAAAUCUGGCAGCCAAACAAGCUGGAACAAAUUUCCCAGUCAUUCAAAAAUUUAAACGAGUGGUGAAAUCACUCCAUGCAUUUUACUCAAGAAGUGCAGUCAGAACCAAAGGGCUCACAGCAGUGCAAAAUUUGCUAAAGGAUAGUCUCGAGAUUGAAUCCGACUCAAAAUCAGGAUCAGGAAAAGUAAAAAAUCCGGCUGAAACUAGGUGGCUGGCGCUUGGGGAAUGUGCCACAAAAUUGAAAGGCAUUGUUGGGAGUGUAUCAGUUAGUCUAGAAAGAGAGGCUGAGGAGCGGGGUGAUGCAGGUGCAGCAGGCCUGGUUAACCUAAUGACACGAUUUGAUUUCUUGGCCACAUUGUGUCUUAUGUGUGAAGUGUUGCCGACAAUUAAUAGACUAAGUUUGCAAUUUCAAGUUUCGCAUAUUAACUUUUCAACUGUCAGUACUUCACUGGCUGCCACAAUUGCUAUUCUGAAAGCAAAAAAGGAGGUGGACUUAACAGGAACCAUAUCUGGCUUGGAAGCUCAAGGUAUCAAAAUCAAGACAAAGCUAACUAUCCCGGAAGAAGUUGCCAACUUUCGUAUCAAGACCCAGGCUCCAUUCAUAGAUGCGAUAAUAGAUAAUAUAGAAGCAAGGUUUCAAAACUCAGAGUUCUUGGCUUCAUUCUCAAAAAUAUUCAAUCCACAAAGUUAUGGUACAAGCAAAGUGCAACCUGAUGAAAUGUGCUCCCAUGCUGCAAAACUUUGUGAACAGUUUGGACUACCAAAGGACACAGCCAUCAAUGAAAUGAAAGACUUCAUAUUUUAUGUACAAGCAGCGGGUGAUAUCAACCUAAGUCAAAGUGACUUCCUCACAAAACUCACCAUCAAAUCGGAUUCCAAUGUGUACUGUGCUACAUUUCCUUCACUGUGCAAGUUGGCACACAUAUACAAAGUAUUGCCACCCCAUACCAGUGACUGCGAACGAGACUUCUCACAAAUGAAACUCAUAAAGACAGACAUUAGGAACAGGAUGGGGGAAGACACCUUGGAUUAUCUACUGCGUAUUAAUAUAGCAGGCCCCCCAAUAGAACAAUUUCCAUUUGGGAAAGCUGUCAAGCUCUGGUCAGAGAAAAAGGACAGGCGCUAUAAAGUUAGACUAGUUUAAAGAAGAAUAAGGUAAGACAGUAAUUAUUUUUUUCUCCAGAUAUUUUAUUUAUUUUACCUUAACAAACAUUUUACUUAACAAUACAAGUGUUUAUUCUCUAUGGCUCUCCUGCGCAUGUUUUUGCCUCUGACAAUGACUCUUGUGGGCAGGAGAGAGCCUGGGGAGCCCAUCAAAGCAAUUAAAAAAAACUAAAACCCAAAGCUUCCAAGGACGCUGACCCUUGACCCCACCAGGGGCCCUUAAGCAGGCCCCUCGACCACGAUCAUGAGGCGCUACGCUGCACUCGAUACACCCACUCUUGACAAAAUUAGCCGGCAUUGAAUUUGCCCUAGCUACA